CCUUUCAGGUCUCUCAGUUUCUGUUUCGUUCCCCGGGUGCGCCAUCAUGGACCCGCAGCCCGACAGCCUGGAGGGGUGGGUGGCCGUGAAGGACACCGCCUUCACCGAGCCACAGCCGCGGCCGCGGCUCCGCUUCCUCGUGGCCUGGAACGGCGUGGAGGGCGCUUUCGCCGUGACCUGCCACGGCCGGGCGGAGGCGGCGGAUCAGGCCCCUCAGAGCUGGGCCGGUCUCUUCUCGGCGCCGGCCCUGCGCGGUGUCCACCAGCAGCUGUCGGCCGUCUGUCCGCGCCUGGAGCCCGCAUUCCCCGCGCUGCCGUCCACGCUGCCCGGCGUCGCCACCGGCGGGCUCUGGGCUGUGCUGUUCCCCGGCGGCACGGUGCCGAGCGAGGCCGAGGUGCAGGAACUGUGCCGGCAGCUGGAGCUCUAUCUGGGCUGGGCCUUGGAGCUCUGCGGCGGCCGUGUGGUGCUGGACACCCUCUUCGCCGCCGACCGCCGCCGCGACGAUGAGUAUUUCGAGAGUCUCCACGAGCUCCGCGCGAAGGCCUUGCGCGGCCACUUGGCCCGGGCCAAGGAGACCCUGAGGCGGAUUCUUCAGCAGCAUAAAAGUGCUGACACAAUGGUGGCUUUGAUGAAGGUUUAUGAAGAAGAAGACGAAGCUUAUCAGGAUUUGGUCACCAUGGCAACACAAUUCUACCAGUAUUUACUGCAGCCCUUCAGAGAUAUGCGAGAGCUGGCGACACUGUACAAACUGGAAAUCCUGAAAUCUUUGCAGUAUGAUAAUUUGGGCCCUAGAAGAGUAGAAGCUUUGCAGAAAGAUGCAGAAGAAUGGACUAAGCGAGCUGAGAAUGCUGUGUGCUCCAUUCAAGAUAUCACUGUGAACUACUUCAAGGAAACUUCAAAGGCUCUGACAGGAAUGCACAAACAGAUGGAACAAGAUCAGGAAAGAUUUGGUAAAGCCACCUGGGCAUCAGCUUUGCCACGACUAGAAAACCUGAAAUGUAUGUUAGCUAAAGAAACUCUUCAGCAUCUGAGGGCUAGGGAGUUGUGCCUGAAACACAAGAGAGCUGGCAUUCAGAAAAAUAUGGAGAACCUCAGUGAACAAGAAGAGAAUUUAACUGUAGUGGAGGAGCUGGAAGUACAGUAUUAUGAAGUGCAGCUGGAAUUAUAUAAUGUACAGCUUGAAAUACUGAAACAUGAGGAGAUGCUGCUUAUUGUACAGACAGACACUUUAAGGAGACAGAUUCAAGAGAAACAGGAUGAAGUUGUUUACUAUGAUACAUGUGAAAAUCCUGAGGAGCUCAAGGUCAUUGAACAGACAAUGGGACAACAUUACGCUAACUUGUCAGAAAUGACGAUGCUGAGGCAGAAGACUAAGCAGUUGGAGACAAAGCGUGGGACUGUCUGUGCGAGGAGAGCCUACCUCAGGAACAAAAAAGAUCAGUGUGAAACAAACCACCGGCAGAGACUGCAACAGGCAGAAGAGAGCAAAAAACGCUUCCAGCAGCAUCACAGCAUACAGAUAAAGAGAGACAAGCAAAAAGAAGAGGAGAAAAAGAAAAAAGCGUGGAUAAGCCAGGAACGUCAGAAAACACUGGAGAGGCUGAAAGCAUUCAGGGAGAAGUGUCCAGCUCAUGUUGUUCUGAAAACAUCUCGUCCUCUGCCUCUCAGUCCCAAGUUGCCACGAAGCAUCACUCAACAGGUUGCAGUACGGUCCCCUCCACCUUUGUUGAGAGCAAGGGCAGCUCCAGAGCAGCCAAAGAGUAUACUGCUAGUAGAAGCCCAGGAAGCAAAAGCUUUGCAACAAAAUACCCCAGCAGAUACCCCUGUCCAGAUUCUUGUUAUUCACGGUGACACAGAGGAACAGAAGCACAGUGAGGGAUUGAUGGACUCUCCAGCCUCACCACCAUCACCACCACCUCCUCCAUCUCCUCCUCCUUUGCCCCCUUCUCCCCCACCUCCCCUCUUACCUCUUGAACUCCCUCCUCCUCCACCUCCCUUACCUCCCUCACCUCCCCCCUUACCUUUCCAAUGCCAUCUUCCCCCCCCUCCACCCCUACCUCUUCAGUUAAAGACACUGGAUAAGCCACUUCCCUUCAGCUCCGAUAACCCCACAGAAAGCCCUGCACUGCACAAACAGGAUGACUCAUCCAGAAGGUCUAUAAAUGAUUGCAUAGGUUCCAUGGAUGAGGUUUUGGCUUCUCUAAAACGCGGUGAAGUUCAUCUUCGCAAAGUGGAACAGCCGGAUCCGUAUGCCUCUGUGAAGGACAGCAUCCUCUCUGCUAUAAGGCAGGGAGUUAAACUGAGAAAAGUGAAUCGACAUACUGAGAAAGAUGUCAGUAAAGGACCCCCUAAUGAUUUUGAGAGAAGCAUUAAGGCAGCCAUCCAGAGAAUUAAGAAAGUGUCUGCUGAUUCUGAAGAAGAAGAGAACAAUGAUCAGUAUAAUGGAGAAUGGGACAGCUAGCCAGCAGGCUUACUGACUGGAACAGUGUGUGUCUCAUUUUGCACAUUGUAGAAGACUGUCUCCUUCAAAAUGGAAGAACAGUGUGGUUGUGUGAGUGCUCUUUUCAUAGUCCAAAAUGUCUGGUAAAGUAAAGGAAUCCUAUUGAAUUUCUAUAGGACCUGCAGAUUCUUACUUGUGCGUGAGAAAUCGUACUCCAAAUUGUGCUUGCAUGAAUAGGUAUUUCUGGCUCAACUAUGUAGGGUUUUCACUUCAGCUAUCCGAAGAUCAGCUGAAAUGUUGGAUUGAAAUGUACAUUGUUUACAUUGUUACUACACAAUAGGUAAUGCUAUCAUAACAAAGUCUAAAGAGUGGUAACUGAAAGUCUGUUUUGUCAGAUGAAAGCAGAACCAAAUCUGUGGUGACAGAGGCAGACCAGAAAACCUUCCAUAAUCUGGAACCUCUCAUUCCUACCUCCGUUGUCCAGAAAAUUCUUUAACAUUUUGUUUAUCUAAUACAGCUCCCUCUCAAAUAA